UUAAUUGUGCGAAUUGUUUGUCGACCGAUAGAUAAGCUGAUAGUUCUCUCGGCGCUAUCGCAGUGAUGGUCUGAGAAGAAAAAAUGGUAGUGAUAGGUGAUGGAGAAAUGAAUCUUGAUGAUGAAGAACCGAAACAGGGGAUCUAUCUGCCGUCGCAGGACAAAGGGGUGGACACCAGGGUAUACCUCAACAGAUACAUCAAACGCGAGUUCCCCCACCCCAAAAAUGGCGCGUCUGCAGUAUACAGCGUCCCAAAAAUGUUCCAAAAAAGCGGGGAAAAACAGGCGAGUUUGGCCGAACAAGAAGUCUUCGAAAAGCUCAAGGGGGUGGACCGUGGGGGCAACAUGGGGCUGUGGAUGACCUUUUUUCACAGCGCGAGCUACGGAGGCCACUCCUUCCGCAACCAAAGAGUCGGCAAACUAAUGAUACGAGAGCACGAUUUCGUUUUGUUUAUCACUUAUAGAGGUAGCCACUUUGUAGCUCUAGUGGAAGUUAAAUCCACCAAUGACCAGAACUCCAAUAAAAACAACCUGGAGAAGGUGAGUGAUGCUAAAGUGAUCAAAAACAACAAGCGGUCGGCGCAGCACCAGCUCAGGGACCACCUGGAGGUCCUCGAAGGAGUGCUCGGCGGCAACCCGCAAGAGAACGGGGUACAAAGCUACAUCAUGUGGCCUUUUCUGGGUGCCAACACCAAAGACCCCAAACAACAAACCGUGAAGCGGUGGAAAGAAGACAAGAAUUUGCACGUGUUUGAAGACACGAUUGAAGUCCAGGAGAAGUUCGACGGGUGGCUGUUGGAGACGGUACUCGCGGGCACGAACGUGCCCGAGGCCAUCUUCGACGUCCUUUUGAACCGAUUCGUUAUUUUGAGCUGUGGCGUCUUCGUCGACGAGAUCGACCGGGGGUUGAUGGCGCUCUUGACCCAAGAACAACUCGACCUCCUCCAUUCCAACACGUGCCAACAAUCCAAGGCUCUGGUGGUCCAUGGGGCAGCCGGUACCGGUAAGACGCUUCUGGUUUUACGGAAACUCGAGUUGCUGCACCGAGCUGGUCGUCUCAAUGAAGACAACCGAGCCUUGUAUAUUUGCUACUGGCCGGGAAUUAGGUAUGAGUUGGAGUUGAAGAUGGAAGCUUUGGGGAUUAGGGAGUUCGUGGACACGGCGAGAUUUUACAUCUCGAUACCCGACUUCCUCAAGAACAACAAAAACGUGUACAAGCACGUCUUCAUGGAUGAAGCUGAAGCACUAUGUCUCGCUUUGGAUGAUCGAAUCAUCAAAAACACUUUGGCGACGAUCUACAAGAAGUACCACGAUGGAAACUGCACUCGUUGUGGGUGCAACGAAGGCGAACUGCUCCCAGUGGAAAACAUCACCGACAAGCUAAACCGUCAUCAAGGAACAGCCACCUGGGGAGCGUUGUGGUUCAUGGUAGACAUCAACCAAGCGUCGCUUUUCCUCCCCAAGCACUCCCCCAAACUCCUCAAAACCCCCUCCAUCCUCCUCACUAAAGUCAUGCGCUCCACAGGCUACAUCUUCACCGUGUUUAAACAAUUCUACAGCGUCCCCAUGCCUCUCCUCCCUAAGAAAAUCCAAGACAGCAUGCACAUCCCGGAAAUUACCAUCGGGCACCACGUGUUCGGACCACCCAUCUACUGGGUGGACUCGCAACACAAUAUAGACAAAGUCGUGGCUAAGGUCAUCAUUGAUUUGUGUACCUCUAAGGGUUUCAAACCCCACGAUUUGUGUGUCAUUCCGUUUCUAGUCAAUGAGAAGUUGGUUCCUGAGAGUAUAAAUAAGUACAUUGAUGAGGAGUUCGUGGAGAAUAGUUUUCGUCCGAAUGCUGUUAGAGACGUGGAGCACUUCUUGAAGUACAGAGAGAUUAACAAUUUUUUGAUUGCGUGGGCGUUGAGAGUGAAGGGGUUGGAGUUCAAGGUGGUGAUUAUGGCGAUCGAUGAAGACGAUUUUGAUUUUAAGGAUGCGGAGGAUAGGAAGAAGGCGUAUAUAAUGGCGUCGAGGUGCACCUCCAUGUUGAUUGUGGUUAGUAGGGAGGGGGUGCGGAACGACAUGGAGUUGGCGGGGAGGUUCGAAAAGUAUCCCUUUUCUAACGACUUAUAAGUAUUAUAUAAUCAAUCUGUGUUAAAAUAGUAUUAAAUAGCCAAAUAUAAUAUUCAGAAUUGG